AUGGAUAAACUGGGAGAUUUAUUUGAAACCAGAGCUUUGGAUAAAAUCCUUUGUAAAUAUGUGGAAGGCUUUUAUUCUUGCAGUCUAGCAAUCAUCUCAUAUGUGAAAAACCUCGAAGACAAUCGUUCAAGCUGGCAAUCGCGUUUUCGAGGUUAUCUCGAUUUCGCGCGGGAGUGGCGUAGAACGGUUUUCAGUGUGUCUGAGGUGGAAAGAAUUCAAUAUCACAAGCAAGUCGGAUGCGAGUCGUGCUCGGAAGGUUUUAGCGAGUACUGGAACGGACUGGGCGGCAGUACGGUGGUGGCCGGAGGAGUAGUAGGCGGCAUAAGGGGCCCAGGCGGCGGGUGCCGCUUAUCCUCGAUGACGAUGGCCGAGAGUGCCGUGGAGGACGCCGCCGCAGCACCACCAGGUCCGGCGAAGCCGCCACCGCCUUCCUGUACAAAUAACAACACCUUGGCGGCGACGGCGAACCGAAACCACCGAAAUCAACGCAAGCGGAAAGGUCUCUCUCAAGUACUGGACAUCCUCCAGGCCCAUAGAAGUUCUCCUUUGGUACCUAAGUGCGCCAGAUUCGACGAGACAACUCUCCCAUCCGAAGAGGAGGAAGACGUUUUUGGUUCUCCAAGAUCCUCCACAAGUUCGAUCCUCGAUAGUCCAGGAAACAGUUUUCUACCACUCAGACAAAAGGAAGAAAGUCUAUCACCCCCAGAACUGGAUCCUGGAGUCAAUCCUCAUCUUCAUCACUAUUCUCAUCACCGGAAUAACUCGCAGAAUCGACAUAAUCACAACAAUAACAAUAACAACAAUCACCAUCAACAUCAGCAUCAAAAUCACCCGAGUCCGAACCACCCGUAUCUGCAUCAUCAGAGUCAGAACCAUCUCCCUCAACCCCACCAGCAACAGAAUCACCUACACAAUCAGAAUAAUCAUCCAAGACCUAUUCCCAUAUAUACUGGCUGUGGUUGCGUGCAUUGUGCAACAUCUCCAAUGUUACUUCAUUCACCAACAUCACCUCUAACUCCCUCAACACCUCUCACGCCCCUGACACCUUUGACUCUCUCACCCCUCACUCCCGUCUCACCAUCCUCCUGCAGUUUCGAACAUUACCUGCACACCAAGUACUUGCCUGAUAUCGCACGGAAACGGAGUCAUUCAGUUUCUGAUGUACCUGGAUGGGAGAAGAGGCCUCAGGCGGAUUCGACGAUGGUUGCACAUUCACCUAGAACUGGUUCUCUCGAGAGUAACACUCCACAGGAAUCACCCCUAGACCUUUCGAUGAAGAACUUAGGUCAGGGUAGACCACCAGCAUUGCAGAUACUACCUCCUGGUGUAGUUACCAGAGGCUCAGUCAGCGUGCCGGUUGUCAGAGGAGAUGUGGCUUCGCCUACUACUAAGGAAAGUGUAGCAGUCAGAUAUAAUCUUGAAGUUUCCCCGGUGGUAGAGGAAAUGCCUCCCGGAGCAGACGUCGCCUACGUGUGUCCAGUUUGUGGGCAGAUGUUCAGCCUUCAUGACAGGCUCGCGAAGCACAUGGCAUCUAGGCACAGGCGACAGGGACCUCAGGAUGCUUCAGCAAAAGCCUAUCUUUGCGAUGUUUGCAAACGCAGCUUCGCCAGGUCUGACAUGCUCACCAGGCACAUGCGGUUACACACGGGCGUAAAACCUUAUACUUGUCGGGUCUGCGGACAAGUAUUCAGUAGAUCUGAUCACCUCAGUACUCAUCAAAGAACCCACACUGGAGAAAAGCCAUACAAGUGUCCUCAGUGCAUCUACGCUGCUUGCAGGAGAGAUAUGAUCACGAGGCAUAUGCGGACUCAUGCGAGGUAUCUUGAUGUGCAGACACCGAAGAGCGAACCUGGUGCGAGUCCGGAAAGCCCCACAUACUCCCAAGGUAUGGUAUCGCCUUCUACUAUCAAAACGGAAUGACGAUCGCCAGCAGGAUGAUCUCGAAGGUCUUACAUUUGCAAGAGAGAAUUUUGCACACUCCGAGAAGUUCUGGACAGACAGAGCUUCAUUUGGAAGGUAUCAGAAGGUGCUUCAAGCUCAAAUCUUUUGGGAACGAAGGCCACUGGAGUUCUGAAGGAUUGCCAUUUUAGGAAAACUUUGCUGAGAGAUCGACGUCGUAGAAUGCGAAAAUCAGGCGUUUGAUUUGACUCCGAAGUGAAAUUUGGAUUUUCAGCGAGAUUUGGAAGACUGCCCCCUUUCGAUUGAGAAUCGAGAGUUACGACUAGGGUUACCAGAUCCUGUCUGAAGGGUUGUAGUUUAAAUUAUUGAGAGUUGGGUUGGUCAAAGUAUAAAAUAUCGAAGGCCUUCUGGUGACCCUAGCACUGCCUUAUCGACAUGAAAUGUUCGUCCUCUGAAGGCAGUGUCGAACAGUAUUAUCGUAUUGUAUCUCCUUGUCUUACUUUCAUUUUCAGUCUCUCUGUUACUCAUUGUUCUUUUUUUUUUGUUAUUAUCGCCUUUGCCGAGAGAAGGUGCACGAGACGGCGAGUCUUCUUUCUCUCACAAUUGCGCGAUCGAUUAUUCUUUCAAUGUACUACGUACGCACUUACUUAAUCUUACUCGUAACACGUACUUCCACCUUCGAACCUGUAGGCGAUGGACUCGCGUUACAGGAAACUUUACCGCUCGUAAAAGCAAACUGAAAGUCAGAGUCAAGCCGAAGGAUACAUCUCUUGUCUUUAGAUACAUCUUCUAAACAAGAUAUGCACCACUAACAUCGUAAAAUCAUUCUUGUGGAAUGUAAACCUGCCGCUACGUCUGAGAACAAUUCUUAGCGAAACCACCCACCGAUAAUUGAGUAUAUAAUUAUGACUUUGGAUUUGCUUUUGCUGAGCGAAAAGUGCUCUUUCAAGAAUUGCAGCUUAAAGAUCGAAAAAACAAGGCAUUCCUUAGAUGGAAACGGUGCUUAAGAUUUAGUGUUAAUAUCCUGAUUGGAUAUCGUUGCGAUACUCAAAUGCCCUAGCCGUACCCAAUUGUAUUCAUUGCUCAGAAAUAUUCUCUCUAUUUUUAAUUUUAGUUUUCGCCCUCGUUCUUUGAUACUUCAUGCUAUUGCGUCACAUGGUGUUGACGUUGGCUUCGGAUACGGCUUGGUACUAGCGAAAAUAUACUUACAUGUGCCAAAUUUUUAGGUCAGUCUCGGCUCAAUCUACCCUUCUUUUACUCUUGCACAACAUUUUUUGACUUAGCGAUAUAGUGCUCGACAAUGUUGAAAAGUGCCAUUCGAGCUCAACUUUGCUGCCUUCAUUAAAUCGGAAAUUUUCUCGUCUUCCGUAGUUUUCUGUAACUUGUAGAGUACAGUUGAAAUAUUCUAUGUUGGAUUUUACAAAUUAAUAAUAUUUACAGAUUGACUUUCAACAUUUAUUCAGAUCCGAUUUCAUUGAAUGUAGCAAACUUCGUCAAAGUCUCCAGAAGGAUUAAAUAGCCUAAUAUGAACUAUCUUAAAGAAAAUCUAGUGCUUCAAUUGAAAAUAGCUAUUAUCAAAAGAAACUUUCCCAUAUUUAGACGAAGGAAAGGUUUCGUUCGAAAAUGUUUUAAAUUCCAAAUUUAAAAAGGAGGCUCUGCUUUUUUGCUCUAAAGGAUAUGUCGGUCAAUUUUAAUUCUACUCAGUCAACGUGUCGCUCCAACAGAAACGUCGAUUUUCACUUUUUCUCCGAUUUUUUUGCAUUAUCCGGUUGCGCGUCACCUGUACCUGGAAAAAAUAAACUGUUCGUUUUCGGAUUAUUCAUGUUAUUCGCAUUUUGUUUUUACCAAUAAUCGAGCGAGGGAGUAUAAAUGAACACAGGGAGGGGAAAAACGGAGAAUCUAUGAUGUUUGAAUGGAGGAGUUCUUGUCCGAAAAGAUAUGAGUUUAAGGUUUAAGACGAGCGAAUUACGCACAGUGAGGAACUUUAUAUAUGAAAGGUUAGCAAAGGAAAAACGUACCUGCAUAAAAAAAAAGAAACUGAAGUUAAUGCAUACUACAAUCGUGCAGUAACUCUGUACGCUUACUAGAAACUAGUGUUAUUA